AUGAAGAUUUAUGGCUUGGAGCUUCCCUUUGGCAGCAAGCACCAUGCUCUACGAAAGAAUACACCAAUGAUAGUCCUGAUAGUAACCCUUGCUCUUGUUCUUUUCACAAUUUUUCCUCUAUGUUACCCUUUGCUAGGGUACCCUUUAUAUUUAUUGAAAAAUAUUUCGGAGUCACAAAUCUCAAUAUCGGCAUCAUCUUAUGUUUCUGUGGAAUAUGGAUCGUUAUAUGUGCAUGCAAGUGAGCAGAAAUGUGACAUAUUCACUGGAGAAUGGAUACCAAAUCCUAAUGCCCCAUAUUACACAAACACAACAUGUUGGGCAAUACACGAGCAUCAAAAUUGCAUGAAAUAUGGAAGACCUGAUACAGGGUUCAUGAAAUGGAGAUGGCAACCAGAUGGAUGUGAGCUGCCUAUUUUUAACCCAGCUCAGUUCCUUGAAAUUGUUAGAGGCAAGUCCAUGGCGUUUGUUGGAGACUCUGUGGGGAGAAACCAAAUGCAGUCCUUAAUCUGCCUUCUUUCCAGGGUGGAAUAUCCCAUUGAUGUUUCAUAUACACCAGAUGAAUAUUUCAAACGUUGGAGGUACCCAUCAUACAAUUUCACCCUUGCAACAUUUUGGACACCCCAUUUGGUUAAGGCUGGAGAAGCAGAUGCCAAUGGACCUACUCAAACUGGCCUCUUCAAUCUCUACCUUGAUGAAUUUGAUGAAGGAUGGACAUCCCAGAUAGAGGAAUUUGACUAUGUGAUCAUCAAUGCAGGCCAUUGGUUCUAUCGUCCAUGUGUUUACUAUGAAAAUCGCCAAGUAGUUGGUUGUCGAUUUUGCCUCCUAGAAAAUGUGACAGACUUGCCUAUGUAUUUUGGGUAUAGAAAGGCAUUUAGGACAGCUUUUAGAGCUAUUAAUAGCUUAGACAAUUAUAAGGGUAUAACAUUUCUAAGGACAUUUGCACCACCGCACUUUGAAAAUGGGGAAUGGGAUAACGGUGGUGAUUGCGUGAGGAGAAGGCCUUUUAGAAGCAAUGAGACGAGUUUGGAGGGUGUAAAUUUUGAGCUUUACAUGACACAGUUGGAGGAGUUUAAGCUUGCAGAGAAGGAAGGAAAAAAGAGGGGCUUGAAAUUUAGGUUAUUGGACACUACACAAGCUAUGUUGUUGAGGCCAGAUGGUCACCCUAGCAGGUAUGGGCAUUGGCCUCAUGAAAACGUGACAUUGUAUAAUGACUGCGUGCAUUGGUGCUUGCCUGGACCGAUUGAUGCGUGGAAUGAUUUCUUGCUGGAGAUGUUGAAGAUGGAGGGUUUGAGAUCAUAUGAGGAGAAGCUUGAUUUAAAAAAUGGCACGAUCAAACUUCUCCUAACCCUUGUUCUAAUAGUUCUUGUCCCCGUGAUUCCACUCUACCUCCUGAAUAGCUCUUCACCAAUAUGGCUUCCUUCUAAAAGCUUUGAGAGAAAAGAAUGUGAUAUAUUUCGCGGGACAUGGAUUUCGUACCAGAACAUGCCAUACCAUAAUAAUGCAACAUGUCGAGAAAUCUUUGAUCAACAAAACUGCAUGAAGUUUGGCAGACCAGACACUGAUUUCUUGGAAUGGAAGUGGAAACCAGAUCAGUGUGAGCUGCCUCGCUUCGAGGCAGAGCAGUUUUUGGAGCUUGUACGAGGGAAGUCAAUGGCAUUUGUUGAAGACUCCUUAGGAAGAAACCAAAUGCAGUCAUUACUGUGUCUCUUGGCCAGAGUAAGUGUUCGGAGGUGGUCUAUUCUGUCGACAAUUUCUUACACAGAAGAUGCAAGAUUCAAAAGAUGGCUCUACGUAAACUACAACUUCACACUAGCAUCCUUUUGGGCACCCUACUUGGUUCGAACCAUUGACACAGACCCUAACGGCCCAACCUACAACCGCCUUAUGAAUCUUUACUUAGAUGAAGCCGAUGAUGUCUGGGCAGCCCAAAUUGAGGGGUACGACUACGUGAUCGUCUCAGCGGGAAGAUGGUUCUAUGGACCACAAGUAUUUUAUGAGAAUGGCAAGGUUGUUGGAUGUCAUCUGACUUUGUCACCGGCACAUUUUGAGAAUGGGGAAUGGAAUAAAGGAGGAAAUUGUGUCAGGACGCAGCAUGUUUCUAGUGGAGAAAUGAAAUUGGAUGAGGAUGAUUUGGAGCUAUACUUGACUCAAGUAAAGGAGCUCAGGAGAGCAAACAGGGAAGGAAAAAAGUGGGGCUUAAAGUUCAGGUUGCUAGACAUAAGUGCAGCAAUGGUUAUGAGGCCAGAUGGACACCCAAACCAUUAUGGGCACUGGCCCCAUGAGAAUGUGACUAUUGCUGACCGUGUUCAUUGGUGCUUACCGGGCCCUAUCGAUACUUGGAACAAGCUCUUGCUUCAGAUGCUAAAGAGGGGAAGGUGGCGAGGAGCCAUUUGUAAUGAUCAAAGGUUCUUUCCAUACCCCACAGCUAAUGCCAGACAGAGCAGCCCAAUACUUGUAUUUGAAGAUACCUGCAAUGCUAAACACCAUGAGUUGGCACUAGGUGCACAGCUUCAAAGUUUCUUGUUCCACUUCACCAUGAAGUUUAAUGAUAUUGAGUUUUCCUAUGGAAAGAAUUCACAGCACAGCACCUCCAAAAGGCUGCUGCUGCUAGCCCUCAGCCUAGGUUUCCUCACCGCAAUCCCUCUAUAUCUGGUGACAACUUCACAUUCACCACUGCCAUCUCCUAAAAUUGAUACCAGUGAUCUGAGAAACAUAGGAAUAGCGAAAGAAUGUGACAUUUUUAGUGGUAAAUGGGUUUAUUAUCCUAAAGGGCCUUACUACACUGAUGCAACCUGUAGCCUAAUCAUCGACCAGCACAAUUGCAUGAAGUUCGGGAGACCUGAUACAGAGUUCAUGAAAUGGAGGUGGAGACCAGAGGAAUGUGAGCUACCGUUCUUUGAUGCAAAGCAGUUCUUGGAACUUGUUAGAGGGAAGAAGAUGGCCUUCGUCGGAGACUCCUUAGGAAGGAACCAAAUGCAAUCGUUGCUGUGUCUCUUAUCCAGUGUGGCUCAUCCUGAGGAUAUAUCUCGUAGAUAUGCAGUAGACACAGCAUAUUUCAGACGCUGGUUCUAUGCUGAUUACAAGUUCACCCUAGCCACUCUUUGGUCUCCAUUCUUGGUCAAGUCCAGCGAUGCAGACCCCAAUGGUCAUUCCCUCAACAGCCUGAUGAGCCUUUACUUAGACCAAGCUGAUAAGGCAUGGGUUGGUGAGAUUGAAAAUUUCGACUAUGUGAUCAUCUCAGCCGGACAAUGGUUCUUCCGUCCUCUGAUAUACUACAUGAAUGGUCAGAUCGUUGGUUGUCAUAACUGCUACAUGGAAAACAUCACUGCUGUUACAAAGUACUUCGGCUACAGAAUGGCAUUUCGAACUGCCUUUAAGACCCUUCGAAGCCUGAAGAACUACAAGGGCAUUACAUUUUUAAGGACGUUUUCUCCUUCACACUUCGAGAAUGGAGCGUGGAAUGAAGGAGGGAAUUGUAUUAGGAGAAGGCCUUUUACAAGCGAGGAAAUGAAGUUUGAUGGGUAUGAAUUGGAAUUCUACCUGACACAAGUUGAAGAAGUAAGGAAAGCACAGAAAGAAGGGAGGAAGAGGGGCUUAAAGUUCGAGCUAGUAGCUACAACAGAAGCAAUGCUACUGAGGCCAGAUGGGCACCCAGACCGUUAUGGGCGCUCACCUCACAGCAAUGUGACUGUAGCUGACUGUGUUCACUGGUGCUUGCCAGGCCCCAUCGACACUUGGAAUGAGUUCUUGCUUUAUAUGAUGAGGAGGGAAGCUUGGAGAUCUUUUAAUGAGAAGCUACAGAAGAAUAGUUCAUGA